GAUUUAUCAAGUCAUGGUAUUCUUGAAUUUUAUAUCUGCCGAGCAUAGCCCUAAAACCUCUAAAGUCUCGAAACACCAUUUCAAUGGCAGCAACACUUCUCAGAGGUGGGCGAUCGAAACACCAUUUGACCAUCAUCCGCCAUUUCUCUUCUUCAAGCGCCAUUAACCCAUCUCAUCACAAAGAUCACAGCCAAAACCAUGUAUAUCUUGAACCUACCCCCAUCAUUGGAAGCUGGCAACCCCCUAAAGACCCCAAAGAAGCCGAAGCUAAACUCGCCUCUCUAAGACGUGACUAUGCCAAGCAAGUCAAGGAACUUCGAAAGCAGUACAUCCAUGAGAUGGAGUUGCAGAAGCAAGAGAAGAUGCGCAAAGAUGAAGCUCGAAUGGUUGAGAUGCUUCGUCAGAGAGAAGAGCGUAACAGAUCUAAGGCUACUGCUGCUCAAGCCCGUGCUGCUGAACGAAAGAUUUUUGAACAAGAGUUUCGCGAAACCCUGAUGAAAGAAAAAACAGAGAAGCUUGAACACUGGAGAAUGCGAGAAAAAGCAAUUGAAGAACGAAAGAACGCUGAAAAAGAGAAUCUUCAUAGGCAAAGUUCGAUGUGGAUUGAUGAAAAAGAGUUGGAGGUGAGAAUAAUGAGCAAUUUGGUGGAUUCUUAGAAACUUUAGAUGUUUGAUGACUUGCCGUAGGUAAUAAAAAAACUGGCAUUGCUGCUGUUUUCUCUUUGUUUUGUAAUUGGUGUUUGUAGAUGUUGUCAUCAAGUUUUCCCAAAUUGAUAGUUAUCCAUGCUAAUAUGUACGCCGUGUCGUGGUACCGAUGCCUCUGUGCUGCCUGCCUCUAUUGUGGCAGUAAAACCCAUGCCUACUUACUAGCUCUUACUAUAGACACGAAUUAGGCACUAGCCGUUAUAUUCA